AUGUCUUUCAGACCAGGUAGUAGAGGUGGUUCCAGAGGUGGCUUCGGUGGCCGUGGUGGUUCCAGAGGUGGCUUUGGUGGCCGUGGUGGUUCCAGAGGUGGCUUCGGUGGCCGUGGUGGCUCUAGAGGUGGCUUUGGUGGCCGUGGUGGUUCCAGAGGUGGUUUCGGUGGUGACAGAGGUGGCCGUGGUGGUGCUAGAGGUGGCCGUGGUGGUGCCAGAGGUGGUGCCAGAGGUGGUGCCAGAGGUGGUGCCAAGGUUGUCAUUGAACCACAUAAACAUGCUGGUGUCUACAUUGCUAGAGGUAAAGAAGAUUUGUUGGUUACCAAGAACAUGGCUCCAGGUGAAUCUGUUUACGGUGAAAAGAGAAUCUCCGUUGAAGAACCAUCCAAAGAAGAUGGUGUUCCACCAACUAAGAUCGAAUACCGUGUUUGGAAUCCUUUCAGAUCUAAGUUGGCUGCCGGUAUCAUGGGUGGUCUAGAUGAAUUGUUCAUUGCUCCAGGUAAGAAGGUUCUAUAUCUAGGUGCUGCUUCCGGUACUUCUGUUUCCCACGUCUCUGAUGUUGUUGGUCCAGAAGGUGUUGUCUACGCUGUUGAGUUCUCUCACAGACCAGGUAGAGAAUUGAUCUCCAUGGCUAAGAAGAGACCAAAUGUCAUUCCAAUUAUUGAGGAUGCUAGACACCCACAAAAAUACAGAAUGUUGGUCGGUAUGGUCGACUGUGUCUUUGCGGAUGUUGCUCAACCGGAUCAAGCCCGUAUCAUUGCAUUAAACUCCCACAUGUUCCUAAAGGACCAAGGUGGUGUCGUCAUCUCCAUCAAGGCUAACUGUAUCGACUCUACUGUUGAUGCUGAAACCGUUUUCGCUAGAGAAGUCCAAAAAUUGCGUGAAGAAAGAAUCAAGCCUCUAGAACAAUUGACUUUGGAACCUUAUGAAAGAGACCAUUGUAUUGUUGUUGGUAGAUACAUGAGAAGUGGUUUGAAUAAAUAG